UGAGAAAGUCAACAUGGAGAACGAGGCAAAGAAGUUUUUGGAGCUGAGCGAGCAAGAGUCGGAGACUGUGUCGGGACUGGCCUUACCAGAAUUCCGGCUCGGUGAGGCAACCAUCUAUGAUCAUUUGGUUCUAAGAGGCAUCCGAGUCGACCGAGUCGAACCAGGGCUGGUUGUGUGUACUUUCAAGGUCCCUCUACGGCUCCUUGAUAGAGAUGGAAAUUUUGCAAGUGGUGCAAUUGCAAACCUGGUUGAUGUAGUUGGUAGUUGCGUGGUUUAUGUUUCCGGUGCACCUAUGAAUGUCACGAUGGAGAUGUCCAUAUCGUAUUUGUCAGCGGCAAAGCUUGAUGAUGAGUUAGAGAUAACCUCAAGGUUGUUAGGACAGAAAGGAGGUUACUCUGGAAUAAUAGUUCUUCUAAGAAACAAGGUAACCGGAAGGAUUAUUUCAGAGGGUCGACAUUCCUUGUUUCGUUCUCAUACACAUGGCAAACUAUGA